AUGGACACCAGCAAGAAUCACUGCCAGAAGUUCGAGACACUGCAACUUCACGCAGGACGUACACCAGAUCCAGUGACCCGAUCAUGUGCUGUCCCAAUCUACGCCACAGCUUCAUAUGUCUUCAACAGCUCUGCGCAUGGCGCUCGUUUAUUUAGCCUGGAUGAGCCCGGCAACAUCUACUCCAGGAUUCAGAAUCCCACUGUCGACGUAUUUGAGAAGCGGAUGGCUGCACUUGAAGGAGGUAUUGCCGCUGUUGCAUCCGCUUCGGGACAAUCCGCACAAUUUAUGGCAUUGGCAGCCCUUUGUAAGGCCGGUGACAACAUUGUCUCAUCUUCCUGCUUGUACGGUGGAACCUACAACCAAUUCAAGGUCUUUCUACCUAGACUCGGGAUCACAACCAGAUGGGUGGAUGGCGAAGAAGACCCCGAAGCUUAUCGUCGGCAUGUCGACCAUCGAACCAAAGCUAUCUACGUCGAAGCAAUUGGCAAUCCCAGUUACGGCGUUGCUGACUUUCGCGCCAUUGCCGAUAUAGCACACGAAGCGGGCGUGCCUCUAAUAGUCGACAACACCUUUGGAGCUGGAGGGUACUUCUGCAGACCUAUCGAGCACGGGGCAGAUAUUGUCAUCCACAGUGCAACGAAGUGGAUCGGAGGACAUGGAACUACUAUAGGUGGCAUUGUCAUCGAUAGCGGCAACUUCGACUGGUCGACGAAUGAUGCAAGGCGUCGCUUCCCCGAGAUGACGGAGCCAUCCGAAGGCUACAACGGACUUCGAUUUUAUGAUCACUGUGGGCAGUUCUGCUUUACUGAGAGACUUCGGGUCGAGAUCUUGCGAGACUUCGGACCUUGCUUGAGUCCUUGGGCUGCGCAGCAACUUCUGCUGGGGAUCGAGACUUUGAGCCUUAGAUGCGAGAGGCACGCGGAGAACGCCAUGGCCGUCGCAAAAUGGUUGGAAACCCACGAGCAAGUGGCUUGGGUAAGCUAUCCUGGUCUGCGCAGCCACAGGACACACGCUCUUGCACUCAAGUACAUGCCGAGGGGCUUCGGCGGUAUGCUCUGCUUCGGCCUGAAGCCGACAACAAAACCUGCCAGUGAGCUGGGAAGCGAAGUUGUGGAUGGCUUCCGGCUCAUCUCGAACCUCGCCAAUGUAGGCGAUGCGAAGACGCUGGCAAUACAUCCUUGGACGACAACGCAUGAGCAGCUCACACAUGAAGAACGAAUCAAGGCUGGAGUGACUGAGGAUCUGAUACGCAUCUCUGUCGGAAUCGAGCAUAUUGACGACAUUAUCAAUGACUUCGAGCAAUCCUUCAACCACGUCAGAAGGGCCAGCCGGGAAUCUCCCAGGGCCAGACUGUAG